AAUCAUUUCUAGUUCUCAUAAAAUAAUUGUUGAUUGGAAAGUUUUCAAUUUAAGUCAACAAAUCAAAUCUGUACAUCUCAUCUUCUCUUCUACUGGUUUUUCACUUGCCUAAAAUUUGCACCAUCACCAACACACCCAUGGCGGAUACAACCACCAUAGAUCCCCGCAACGGCUUCAAUUCCACCACCAAAACUUUCCACAGCCUCCGCCCACCGGCUCCUCUCCCUCCUCCAUCACAACCACUCUCCAUCACCGACUACACACUCUCCCUCCUCCAAUCCAACCCUACAUCCUCCCCCAAUACCGAUUUCCUCAUCGACUCCACCACCGGCCACCGCCUCUCCUACUCCGAUUUCAUCCGUCAAACUCACUCUCUAACCGCCUCACUCGCUACAAUUCUUCCUCCACAUGGCAAUAAUCAAGUCGCCUUGAUUAUAUCUCCAACUUCCUUUCACAUUCCGGUAUUAUAUUUCUCUCUUCUAGCCCUAGGUAUCACUAUCUCACCUGUUAAUCCAGUUUCAACCAAAUCGGAGCUAACCGACCUUAUUCGGAUUAGUAAUCCUGUAAUCGCCUUCGCUACAUCCGCCGUUAGUUCUAAACUACCGUCGUCGUUUCCGUUAGGUACGAUUAUCAUCGAUUCUCCAGAAUUCGUUUCCAUGUUACAAAACUCAAGCUCUGACGUCAUUCAUCGGAAAGUUAACCAAUCCGAUACGGCGGCAAUUCUGUAUUCCUCCGGUACAACCGGCAGAAUCAAAGGUGUGGAGUUAACUCACCGGAAUUUCAUCGCGAUUACAUCCAAUUCACACUACAACAGAUUCGUGAGAGACGAGAAGGCAUCUCCAGAACCUCAGUCUGUAUGGUUGUUUCCGCUACCUUUAUUUCACGUUUUCGGGUUUUUUAUGAUUAUUAGGGCUACGUCGUUCGGGGCGACGCUGGUUUUGAUGGAGAAAUUUGAGUUCAAUAACGCGUUGAAAGCGGUGGAGAAAUACAAGGUGACGUACAUGCCAGUCUCACCGCCGCUCGUGGUGGCGAUGGCGAAAUCUGAUCUCGUUCCCAAAUACGACCUGAGCUCGAUUCGGAUGAUCGCUUGCGGUGGCGCUCCGUUAGGAAAAGAAGUGGCUAAGAGCUUCUCGGUGAGGUUUCCCCAAGUCGAUAUUGUCCAGGGGUUCGGCAUGACAGAGACUGGGGGAGCGGUUACAGGAAUGAGCAAUCCAGAUGAGUGUGAACACUAUGGAUCUGCCGGCCGUUUAUCGUGUAAUGUGGAGGCCAAAAUAGUUGAUCCUGAAACCAGUGAGGCUUUAUCUCCUAUGCAACAAGGGGAACUAUGGCUAAGAGGGCCCAUGAUCAUGAAAGGUUAUGUUGGAGAUAAGGAAGCAACUGCUGCAGCUAUGGACACUGAGGGGUGGUUAAAGACCGGUGACCUUUGUUAUUUCGAUUAUGAUGGUUUCCUUUUUGUUGUUGAUCGAUUAAAAGAAUUAAUCAAAUAUAAGGCUUAUCAGGUCCCGCCAGCUGAACUAGAGCGCUACCUUCAAUCAAUCCCAGAAGUUGUAGAUGCUGCUGUGAUUCCAUAUCCAGAUGAAGACGCUGGGCAGAUUCCCAUGGCGUACGUGGUGAGAAAACCUGGAAGCAAAAUCAGUGAGGCCCAAAUCAUGGAGAUUAUUGCAAAACAGGUAUCACCAUACAAAAAGAUUAGAAAAGUUGCAUUUAUAAACGCAAUUCCGAAGACCCCAGCAGGAAAGAUAUUGAGAAGAGAGUUGGUUAAGCAUGCUCUAUCUGGUGCUUCAUCUAAACUGUGAUCAACUAUUCAACCAUAUGUUAUUUAGUUCUAGAUGCAUUUGUUCUAUAAGGUUCCUUAAAGAGAAUACUUCCACUGUCAUAAUUAUUUUGUUCUGAUGGACUACACCAAAUAAUUUGUUCAUAUUGUUCCUAGGGAUUCAUUGUCCAAUCUUGUUCAUAACCUCUUAGAUAUAUCUCAACACUUAUACAAAA